AAUAUAACUGCAUUCUUAUUAGUUAUAUUAUUAAGACACAAUGAUGAUGAGUAGUACACAUCUCAACCAAACAUUUCUAAGCUUACUAUUUCUUUUGAUGCUGCUGUGUUGGACUAAUGCUGCUAACAUCACUUUGGGUUCAUCACUCACUGCAAAACUUAAUCAUCAAAAUGAGGAGUCAUCAUGGCUAUCUCCAAAUGGAGAUUUUUCAUUUGGCUUUCAGCAAAUUCAAAAAGAUGGCUUCCUUCUUGCUAUCUGGUUCAACAAAGUACCCGAAAAAACCAUUGUUUGGUCAGCCAAUAGAGAUAAUCUAGUGCAACAAGGCUCUAUUGUUGAACUAACCAAGGUUGGUUCAUUAGCUCUUAGAGACUCUACAGGAAAAGAAGUAUGGAGUACUGGUUUUGGAGUUGACCAUGCAGCCAUGCUUAACACCGGGAAUUUCGUGCUAGCCAACAAGGAUUUUAGCAAUAAUUGGGAGAGUUUUAAUGAACCAACAGACACAUUGUUACCUACACAAGUUCUUACAACAACUAAACAACUUAUUGCUAGUUACUCUAAGUCAAACUACUCAAGAGGGAGGUAUCUUAUGACAAUUGAUGAUGGAGAUCUUGUGUUGUUCAGCAGAAGACCUCCACAGGAUCAUGAAUCUAUUUAUUGGCCAGAGAAUUUGAUUGAUGGGAGAAGUACUGGCCAAGGAAUCAGCUUUCAAGUGAUGUUUAACAAAUCUGGCUCUAUUUAUGUCCAAGCAAGAAAUGGAACCAUACUUAAAUGGUUGUCACAAUCAAACUCUAGUUCAUCAACAUCAGGCCUCUAUCAAAGGGCUAUUCUUGAAUAUGAUGGUGUUUUCAGGCAUUAUGUCUAUCCAAAAGAUGAUGAUUCUCAAAACUCUACUGGUUGGCCUCUCAGGCAAUGGUCUCAAACUUCUCAAGCCAUACCCGAAAACAAAUGUCUAAAUUUUCGGUCGCCUGUAGGAUCUGGAGCUUGUGGAUACAAUAGCUACUGCAGUAUAGACAAUGAUGGCAGACCAAGUUGCUAUUGCCCCAAUGGUUACACCUUCAUUGAUUCAAAUGAUAAGAUGAAAGGGUGCAUACCAAUUUUUGAAGCUCAAAGUUGCAAUGAUGAUUUAGAAGAUUACAAAAACUUUUAUAUUGAUAGCAUUGAUUUCUUGAACUGGCCUUUAGGUGAUUAUGAGUCCUUUCAAUCAGUGUCUGAGGAUUGGUGCAGAAAUGCUUGCUUAGUUGAUUGUUUCUGCCCUCUUGCCAUUUUUGGAGGAAACAAAUGUUAUAAAAUAGCAGCUCCUUUAACAAAUGGGAUGAUGGAUUCAAGUAUUCAAGGAACAAAAAGUCUAGUCAAAAUAAGAAAAGGUAACUCUACUGCUUCCAAGCAAUGCAACAACUUAGAUUCGAAAAGAAAAGUAGACAAAACAACACUGAUAGUCAUUGGAUCAGUUAUUAUAAGUAGCUCUGCUGUUCUUAAUAUCCUACUGCUAAUAACCUCAUUGGUAUUCUGUUUUCGCCUUCGUCGCAAAGCAUCAAUCACUAAACCAAAUCAGAACAUCCUAGAAAUGAAUUUGCAGAAUUUCAGUUUUGUUGAACUAGAAAAAGCUACCAAUGGAUUCGAGGAACAAUUGGGAGCUGGUGCCUUUGGAGUUGUUUACAAAGGUGUUGUGGAAUUGGACAACAAUAAUAUAACUUCAAUAAUUGCUGUGAAAAAGUUGUACAAUAACAACAUGGUGAAAGAAGGUGAGCAAGAAUUCAAAGCUGAAGUCAUGUCUAUUGGUAGUACAAACCAUAAGAAUUUGGUAAAGCUUAUUGGUUUCUGCAACGAGGGACAACACCGGCUUCUUGUUUAUGAGUACAUGAGCAAUGGAUCCUUAGCAAGCUUUCUUUUUGGACCCUCAAAGCCAAAAUGGCACCAAAGAAAGCAACUCGCUUUGGGGAUUGCAAGAGGACUAUUUUACUUGCAUGAAGAGUGCAGCACUCAAAUCAUACAUUGUGAUAUUAAGCCUCAAAACAUCCUCCUAGACCACUCAUUUACAGCAAGAAUUUCUGAUUUUGGAUUGGCCAAGAUUUUGAAGACUGAUCAGACUCGAACUACAACUGGAAUAAGAGGAACCAAAGGAUAUGUUGCUCCUGAAUGGUUUAGAAACAUGGCUGUGACAGUGAAGGUGGAUGUUUACAGCUAUGGCAUUCUGUUGUUGGAGCUGAUAUGUUGCAGGAAGAAUGUUGAAGCAAAUGUUGAGGAUGAUGCUCAAAUAAUAUUGGCUGAUUGGGCAUGUGAUUGCUAUGAAGCUGGGAAAGUUGAGUGUCUUGUUGAGAAUGAUGAUGAAGCCAAGAUGGAGAUGAAAAUGGUUGAGAAGUAUGUGAUGGUUGCUUUAUGGUGCAUUCAAGAGGACCCUUCACUGAGACCAACUAUGAAGAAAGUUAUGCUUAUGCUUGAAGGAAGUGAAAAUGUUUCAGCUCCCCCACUCCUAAAUUCUGUCAUCAGUUCACUAUAGUUACAUCUUCUUAUGCAUGUGUGUAUAAUAUUAUUUUGUACUUUAAUUAUUCUAUGCUAAAUAACUGUCAAUUUAUCUAUAUACAUAAUGUAUAUAUGUGUGUUUU